AAUGCUGAUUGUGUUUUUUCAGAUUGUGGGCGGAGCCUGUUUAAAACUAGCCGUAUCGUGGGUGGCCAGGACGCAGAGGAAGGGGAGUUCCCGUGGCAGGUCAGCCUCCACAUUAAGAACGCCGGUCACGUGUGUGGCGCUUCCAUCAUCAGCCAACGCUGGCUGGUUACUGCUGCUCACUGUGUACAGGAUGACGCCAAGACCAGGUACUCCCAGCCAGGUGUAUGGGAGGCGUACCUAGGCCUUCACGUCCAGAAGCAGAACAGUAAGAACGUUCAGAAGAGGAACCUGCGUCAGGUGAUCCCCCACCCGUACUACAAUGCCUACACCUUCGACAACGACAUCGCUCUGAUGGAGCUCGACAGCCCUGUGGCCUUCUCUGAUUACAUCAGACCCAUCUGUCUGCCCUCGCCACAACACACCUUCCCCCAGGGGAACUCUGUCUGGAUCACAGGUUGGGGCGCCACACGAGAGGGAGGCUCUGGUGCAUCCAUCCUGCAGAAGGCCCAGGUCCGUAUCAUCAACAGUACGGUGUGUAACCGCCUGAUGGGAGGACAGAUCACCUCCAGGAUGACGUGUGCUGGGGUGCUGACUGGAGGAGUGGACGCCUGCCAGGGGGAUUCUGGCGGGCCUCUGUCCAGUCCUGGUACGAGUCGUAUGUUCCUGGCUGGAGUGGUGAGUUGGGGUGACGGCUGUGCCCGUAGGGACAAGCCUGGAAUCUACAGCACCGUCACCAAGUUCAGGGGCUGGAUCAAGGAGAAGACCGGCGUUUAAACAGGAAACGGGGGGAGACGACGAGUGCUUCCGACAGAUGAACACGCCAGUACAGAUUACUGGUUCGCCGGGACCUCGACCCUCUGCUCCCUUCCAUUAUCCAGGAGUGAUGAACUAUUUUCCACGUUUUGAUUUCAGGCCUCAAAAUGCACUCCCCUUUUCAUAUCGAUGGACUAUGGACCGUUGGUUGGUUUCCUCUGUAGAAAGGCAGAUGCCUUUAAUGUCUAAAUGUGUAUUUUAAUGACUGGUGUCUAAAUGUGUAUUUUUAUAUGAGGAGGAAUAGGUGGUUUUUGGGGGGGAAAGUGUUUUUAAGAAUUGUAAAUAAUGUCAAAUUUUGUGCGUUUUAAAAAAUAUAUAUUCUUUUUUUAGAUAUAUUAGUUUUGCCAUUUGCAAUCAGUCAUUUGGAUUGGAUUGGACACAACAUUUUCUGGUAUAUUUUGCAGGUAGGAUUUAGGCCAUUUGUAACAAAUAACUCUGUAGAAACACUGUUACGUCCAUAAGGAGACUGUGUGUUCCAUUGCUUGUUUUGUCAUUGGAUUUGAAUCAUUUCCCCGUAGCUUUGUUUUCUCUUACGCCAUCUUUCAGAACCGUCUCUUAAAUGUGAAUUCAGACUCUUUUACUUGUUGUCCUUGUACUCAUCAUGAGGAGGGGGGGGGGGGGGGGGGUUGCAAUUCCAAAUGGAGCCAUAUUCCCUAUGAAGUGCACUACUUUUGACCAGGAUCCAUACGGGUUCUGUUUUUAAAGGUAGUACACUAUGUAGGGAAUCGGGUGCUAGUUGAGACGCAGGCCUACUGAAGGGCUCAAACAGACAGUGACCCCAGCUCCAUCCUAUCUACUAUGGUUUGGUAUUUGACACAAUAGUUUGUUGAAAUACCAGGAAGUCCUGAUGCGACAUAAUGAUGAAUAUUUUUUUUUUUUUUUUUUUUUUAAAUGUGAUUUAUUCCUGAUGGUCUUUUUUUUCUUCCAACUUUUAUUUCUCAUCAGGGAUUGUAUUUAAUUUGUGUCCAAACGUAAACGCUUUUAUAACAGAAUAAAGCUUCGUUAGAGAUUGUCUGUAGGUUAGCAUUGUGCAUAUAAACAACUUUUGAGGACAUACAAAUUAUCGAAUUUAACUUAGAAAUAAAACAAUAUUCAGCAUUUAUCAAAUCAACCACUUACUGUAAUUUUGUUUUUAUAUAAGUGUUUGGAAAAAUAAAUAUGAACAACAAA